AUGCCUGCAAGGGAGCUGGUGGUGGUGGCAGCACUGGUGACUCUCAUCGCUGCUGGUGGGGCAGAUCCGAAUGAAGCAAAUGGUCUGAGAAGGCCGGUGUGCGGAGACAUGACUGAGCUGCAGGCCUGCCCACUGCUGCACCUGCCUGUCUGUGGGACCGACGGGAACACCUAUGCCAACGAAUGCCAGCUCUGUGUGCAGCAAAUGAAAACGAGGCAAGACAUCCGGAUUUUGAAAGAUGGGGAGUGUCAACGUAUCUGA